CCAUCGAAAUGUUUGGAGAUCGCCUAGUUUUUCAUACGAUACUAGUCUUCUCUUACGAAAUGUGAACAAGGAUCAGCUUUUUGAUGCUUGGGCUGACGAUUCCUUUACUGAAGGCUGGAAUAAUAAAGAAAGAGCACUAGCUAGAUAUAUGCCAAAUGUAUUAAUAAAAGAACUUGCAAAUUGUUAUUUCGAAGUGGACACUAAAAAGGUAACAUUGAAAACCGACUUUUCUAUAUGGAAGGGCAAUCCAUUUGUAAUAGUUGAUGAAGACAAUCACUUGAAUAACAUUUCCAAAAAUACUUGGUGGGGCGAAUGUCAAAUAGCUGGUGAAUUAUUGGCUUUAGCAUUUGUAAACUACAAUGUAUUACAACGAAAUACCGUGCUCAAUCAUUCUUUGCAAUACGUGUAA